UUUCGUAGCAAUGGAGAUGGACCAGCGGCUUCUGGAUUACCAAUUUCAUGAACAAUGGAGUUUGACAAAGAAACUAGCAAAACCAUUUGAUAUAUUAUUGAAACAAAUAGAUCAGCACCUUAAAGAUGAGACACACAAAACAUUUAAAGAAGAAGGGUUGUUGUUUAAAAGUUAUCUCUACAUGUCUGGCAUUGGAGGAAACGUCAACAAAGACAAAACUAAAGCAAUCGAGUGUCUCAAUGAAGUGGUUGCCUUAUUGAGAACUUGGGAACAAUCCCCGGAAAAAGAUGGGUUCCUUUCAGUUGCCUACGCACUUGAAGCAUGGAUUGAUAUAGACAGAACUGAGUCAAGACUUCUGGGUUUGAAAGAACUUUACUCAAAGAACAAACAUGACUCUCGAAACCGUUUUGAAGCAUCUCUUAAUUUUAUAAAGGGAUAUUCUUUAUCAAGGUUAGGUGCUCAUCGUUAUGCUGAAUGUAUUUUUGAAUUUCAAGAAGCCAAUAACAAAAAUCCUGAAAGCUAUGAAUAUCUAUUUUCGUUUGCACUUAUGACACGGAGAUUGUAUGGAUGUUCAAAUGAAGUCGGUAAAGAGUUGGAAAUUAUGCUACGUGAGGUGCUGGAAAGAAAAGAUGAUUACCUAUAUGCAAAGGUAGAAUUGGCAGAUGUAAUUAAUUCAAAUGGCAAUACAUCUGGAGCUACUAAAAUGUUAAAAGAAAUCACAACAGCGCUGACAAAUAAGGAAGAUCUUACACCAGAAAAUAUGAAGAUUGUAGGGCACGCUAUGAAGCUCUAUCUCAAAUUGGAUAAGUGCGAAGAAGCAGAGAAAACCUACAAAGUGGCAAUAGCAUCCGGUCAAGAACUUCAUUCAUUUGUUUUACACCAAAGAGCAAUAUUGGCCAAAAAAAGAGAACAAUGGGCAGAAUAUAAAAUAUAUCUUAAAAAAUCUUUGGAGAAGAAUCCGUUUAAUCUGUACGUAAACUUGGAACAUACUAAGCAAUUAUUAUAUCCCCAAAAAGAUAUCAAAAACGUGGAAUCUGUAUUCGACAACUUAUUAAUUAAACAUGGAGACGAUGACAUUGCAUUUGUACGAAUCAUGUGUGAUUAUGGCACAAUGCUAAUGAAAAAAAAAGAUAACAGAGCAUAUUUGAGAUACGAUCAAGCAAUUGACAAAGCAUUUAAAUGCUGUCAAUGCAACCCUGAUCAAAAAUCACAUAGAAUUAAGUUUUACUAUGAAAUAAAUUUGUCCGUUAAAAUUUGCGUACAAAAUCUUAGAUGUUAUUGGAAAGAUGAAAUAGAAAAUCCUGAUAAAAUUUGUAAGCUUGCGAAACUUGAGUAUAAACUAAGAAAUUUACAUCUCGCCUCUUUGUAUUGUAAAAAUGCAUUGCAAAUGGCUCUUGAUGAGACAUUAAAAUCCGAAAUAACUUGCAUUCUUGCUGAUAUUAACAUUGGGCUCUCUGUUGACGUCGCCUCAUUAGCGGAAGUAGAUAAAUUGUUAGACAGCAUAACGCCUUCAGCAGAUUUAAACAAACUUAAAGGUAGAUUGGCAUUUAAAAAAGGACUACUAUACGAACGUGGGAAUUUUUUAGGCACUAUGAAUGAAUAUGUAAACGCAGCAAACUAUGGUGAUGUAGAUGCAAUAAAGCGUAUUUUGACAGCCCUAGAAAUGAUGGACACAAGUAACUCAAAGUUCUUCGAAAUGUGUGCCUACACCGAUACGUUAAUUAAAAAGAACUGUGUAGAUGCUGCGCGAGAGAGUUUGGAGAAAAGGUUUAAAUUUGUUUUAGAAAGUGCUACCUUCGGAGAUUUAAAACGUCUAAGAAAACAACAAUUUGAGAUGGAAAAAGCACUUCUAACACAAAAUGGCUGUCCAGAGUGUAAUGCAGCCUACGUUAUUCAGAUUUCUCGUAACCUACUCAACUAUGCAAUGAAUAAUUUAGCAAAACGUUAUCUCCCAUUAAAUGUUAAUACCGACAAGACUCUUGACUUUUUUUGUGUCCAUCGUAAUUUUGACAAGAAACAGACUGAAGAAAAGGUUAGAAAUAAACUGGAGCACUCUAAUUGGAGAAAUAUUGAUGAAGAAUUGAUUACAUUUUUGGCAGAGAUACAGCCAUGCACGAAUCCACAAGAUAACAACUGGAUUAUGGCUUUUAUGGAAUUCAAUAACACAGAUAAGCACCAAAAGCAAAACAAGCAGUAUGGAGCAUAUAAGGUGUAUCCAGAGGACCAAGGAGCACAACCUGGAGGCUAUCAAGAUAAAGAAUAUUACUCAAUCGAUCUUGCAAGAACAGUUUGCAACAAAAUUCCUUACAUUCUGGACAACUUAAACGGAUUCUCAUUGAUAUUUUAAUCUCAGCUUCAUAAUGGUAAUAUGAAUAUGAAUUAUCAGAUUAAUGAGAAUACUUCCAUCCUCUAAAUAAUUAUGUUGUUGUAAAUACAUGGUAGGCUAAGAAAUCCAUUAUGCUGUAUUAAAACAAAUAGGUACCUAUGACCUCUCUCAUCGACUGUGGUUAGUAAACAUGUGUGUGUGUGUGUGUGUGCGUGUGUAUAGUUGCUUAAUUAUACCCUGCAUAUUCAGCUUUAGAGUUUUUACAUUAUGUUUAUCGAAAAGUAAAAUGCAAUUUUCAUGACAAAUUCCAGCAGUAUGUUUAAGGUUACAGAUACAUUUUCCAUUUAUUAUAUUAUAUUAUUACUUAUUUACUCUAUGUACUAUAUGUACUGAAUUUUGGUAAAUCAAAUAAAAUGUUAAUGAACUAUAUGGUGGAGAUAAUAGUGACUUGGAUGUAAAUAUAUACAAGUUGUUUUUGAAGCAAAUCAGUUAAUUAUGUAUGUAUUUUAGUUAUUAUUGCCAUUUAUCAACAUUUUUUUGUAGGCUUAUAUUUUUUUCUUGAUUUAAUGAAUGCAACGCUUAGAGAUUUAAACGCUCUGGCUGACGAGAUGUUAGUGAUCAUUCGAUCAAAUAAUUAUAACUGCAGUGUUUAAUUAAUAUUUAUUGACCUUAUUGAAUAAACAGUAAUUUUAUCAUGCAUUGAAUGUUUGUUUAAUUUUUACAAAAUAAAUUUUAUUUUUUAUUAAAUAGUUAAGUUAUUUUAUUAUUUUUUUCCAUUAAAUACUAUGACGUUCUAAUUGUUUAUCUAGCCUUUUGAAUAACUAUUUGUUGUACUCUCCUAUGAGUGUUAAUUUUAAUUUUCAUUAUACACUUUCUCCAAUUUUUGUUAAUUUCAUAAUAAAGUUUCUUAUUUUUUUAUUGUUUUCUUUUGUGCAGUGAAUUCACAACAUUUAUUCACCAUUUUGUUCAGUGGUACAACAUAAUGAAACUAUUUUUGUUUUGAUGUAUAACUUGAUAGAUCAUCAUUACAUUAUGUUUUAACAUAUUUGAUUUGUUUUUAACAAAUAGUUUUAGAACAGUUUCAUUUUGUUUGUAUUCGUUCCUCACUAAAGAAUACCUAUAGACAUAUGUUGAAGAUGAAGCCGCUAACUGUUUAAAUAGAAAUAUUUCUUAUCAAAUGGAUAUUUCGAUAGCUCCAGCUGCUAUCUUUAUCAACGUUAAAGUGAGAAAACGCUGACGACCGUACACAUACAUAAAGAAUAAUAAAUGAUAUUAACCAAUCGGAAUCAAGUUAGAGAUACAAUCAGUUGAUUGGACCACAAAAUUUAAGUUCAGUGACAAGUUAAUGGGCGAAUUAAUUGCAAUUAAACCAUUAUAAGAUGUCGGCAAAAUGAUUAUGAAAGAGAUGGUUCGGCGGUGCCAUUGAACCAACUUAACGCUGAAUUUAAUUGAGAGUAAUUUAACUACAGUAAACAGUAUCAGUUAAUAGGCAAUAAAAUAUAGUAAGAUUUAUAUAAGGUCCUAUAUAAUUAAAACAAUUGUGGAAUAGAACAUAAAUUGUAGGAAAAUAAUGGUAUAUGUAUGAGUUUAAAUAAUAUAACGCAUGAUAUCAUGAUGAUUAUUAAAUACAGUUUAGAAAUCAAUGAAUAUAAUAAAAUGUACAUAAGAAGAAAUAA